AUGGAGAAAGUGGAGGAACAGAGGCAGGGCGGAGGGACUGCACAAGCACAGGGACUCGGACAGCAAAAAAAAAAUGUGUUUAUCAAGGAGAGGAUUAAGAAGCAAACAUCCCUUCAGAAAGCCCCGCUGGAUUUGCUAGAAACUAUCCCAAAAACAGCGUCAGCGAGGUGUGCUCGUCUCCCCCGGACACGCAUGGACCCACAGGCUGGACUUGGAGCUGCUUCCCUCCGCUGCUCUUACGCAGGGCUCCCGUUGCAUUUCUCUCGCGUAACACUGUCUUUUUGUACCAAGAGUGUGCCACAAACAUGCUUCUUGACACCCACAGCCCCACAUUACACCCGUACGAGCCGAGGGAAAAGCGUGCAUUUGUCAGAAAUCGUGUUUUUGUGCGAUCAACUGCGUGGAGCGGAUGGCUGGCUUUUGCCCAGCUCUUAUCUCGCGUUCACGAAGAGGACCACCGCAGAUGUAAACACAGGUUAUACGAGAGCUCCGUGCGCGUCUCGGGUGGAUGGGGCAGCGCAGCCAGGUGCAAUGGGAGCGCCCUCUUAUGUUCAGGCUGUGACCACAGGGAUCAAGCAGCGUCUCUCUGAGCACAGAGCAGCGCCUGCGGACGAGCGCCGCACACGCGCUCCGGAGACGUUGGACCGCAUAGAGAUGGAUUCAUGA